AAUACACAGCAGUACCAGUACUGCACUGCAGUCGUGUUGGAAACAAGACAAAAUCUGAGUAGUAUUCUCUCUGCUCGGGCCACACCCCCAACACGACCAUAACAUCCAUUCCUUAUCCCGAUUAGGCAAUACAGAUAGACUAUAGAUAGAUACUGUAUAUGUGUGUGUGUCUCUGGGUCAUUUGGGGUGGACGAGUGAAGUGAAGCUGAAGCUAUCAAUGGCCUCGAGGGAGAGCAAGCUCCUGGUUCUUCUUGUGUUGGUGAUUCUCCAGGUCGGUACGGGAGUAAUGGCAGAAGGCCGGCAUUUUUCGAGGCCUGGAUUUCUCUACACGAGAACGCGAGGAAGAUGCACUCCGCAGUACUGGAGCAGCAGGAGGGAAGCGUGGCCGAAGAUGGUGCCGGAGAGAUCGACGGUGUGGAAGGUGUUCGGGUGGCAGGCAACGGAGCGGUAUCGGAAGGAGUUGACGCUGGCGGAGGCGGCGUCGAUGGAAGAGGAGGAGGAGGGGGCGUUCGGGCGGCUGGUGAAGCAAUCGACGGCGGCGCUGAUAAACUCGUACAUGAGGAGAGGGUAUCCGUACGCGCCAUGGGAAGUGAAGACGCUGCUCAUACAGUCCCUCGUCUCCGCAGAAGCCGCCGCCUUUCAGGCCCACAAGUUUCGACAAGCCAACGACAACUGCGGUUAGACGGACCGACACACACGAAAGAUUUCCUUUUGUGUUUUUGGAUUUGAUUGUAAAUUGUAAUGGUGGGAAUUGGGUGAGACAGACAAGCUUGCUGCUUUCUUGUGAUCAUGUCAACUCAUCCCUGCUGCUUAAUUGCAUUGCAUUGCACUGUUGAAGCAACAGGGAGGGGAGGGCAUUCCUAUUCAAGCAAACAAUAAUCAAGCAUUGAUGCAGACUUUUACCA